GGAUAGUUGGCUAGAGACAUCUGGAACCUAGGAGCUGGUUCGUGCAUCCCAGGAUCGGUGACUGACCGUAGUGUGGAAGAGGAGCCCUUUCCAGCAUCACAGGAUGCCAGUUUGCUUCGUUGCCGUGGGAGCGUCUUUGUUACUUCUCGGUUUGGCAACGCCGGUGGAAGCGCGGCAACAACGUCGACGUAUUCCAGCUAUAAAGUGCGAUGCUGACGCCUUCUGCAUUCCGCUCAGCAUCUGCCACGCCCAAAGGGACUGUCGCCCUCUUAGAGACUGCGAUGAAGUCCGAGAAUUUCUGGCGCGUCCGGACCGAGACAGUGCCAUGUUGUCCCACUGUAUGAUUAAAAAGCCUAGAUUUGUAUGGGUAUGUUGUAGUGAACAGCCUUCCGGAAACAGGGCACAGAACCUCCCUCCGCGGCCGUUCUCACCCUCGAUACACACUACAACGAGACAACCCACGGAACAGCCUCAAUACACCCAGCCAACAACACCAGGAACACCACGCAUCCCAGAUAGGCGAUUCAGAGCACCCACAGCACCUACGGCACCCACCCCACCGACUAUCCAUACGGCGCCCACAGCACCCACCCCGCCUACACCACCUACCCCACCUACACCGCCUACCACCUACACCGCCCACAGCACCUACCCCACCUACGGCGCCCACAGCACCUACCCCACCUACACCGCCCACACACCUACCCCACCUACGCCGCCAUCACAUUUUGCACCACUGAACUCUUUUAACACCAACGACGAAAUGCAGUUACUACCCGCUUCCUGUGGCAACGUGCGGAUACACAACGGCUACAACGCACUCCAGGAAGAUCACCCAUGGAUGGCUGCCCUUGGAUACAGCGAUUCGAAUGGCACUCGGAUUAAGUGGAAUUGUGGAGGGGCGCUUAUCAACAGAAGAUACGUUGUAACAGCCGCCCAUUGCUUGGAUAAAAGGCACUUGGGGGAUGAAGUACUCACUACCAUUCGCCUUGGAACUGAAUAUCUAGAACCAACACAAGGCGCCCAUGCAUACCAAAUCUUCAGCCCUGAAGCUGCUGUCCUUCACCCGAACUUCGAUAAAUACCAGCUAGUGUAUAACGAUAUAGCCCUGGUUAGACUAAACAGGGACGUAGUCUUUAACGAGCAUGUUCGUCCCGUGUGCCUCCCCCCAGCCGGAAUAGACCUGGAGGGGCUGCUCACGGAGCAAAUGCCAGUGGCGAUUGGAUGGGGUAGAACGAUGUACGCCAGCAGGUCAUCUAUCCUUCAGGAAAUUCGCCUGCCCUUCGUCCCCCUAGCAAGAUGUAGGGACACCUAUCCGUUGUUCAAGUUGGUGGAUCAGCAAAUCUGCUUCGGUGGACUCCACGGCAGAGGAACAUGUAACGGAGAUUCUGGGGGCCCGCUAUUGAUUGGGAAUGUUGUCAUUGGGUUGUUAUCGAAAGGAGGAAAGUGUGCCACAGCUGGACAACCUGACGUCUUCACCAGAGUGGACGCCUACGUGGACUGGAUCAAAGAGAACCUCAGGCCGUGAACGAGAGAGGGAGAGGGAGAAAAAGGGGGAAGG